GCCUGUAAAUAAAAGUGUAAAAACACAAAACCUCCCAAGGCGAAAACCCUGUACAUUUCAUUUCAGACUUAUGUGGUAGUUGGUAUCACCUGUAAAAUAUCCCCCUCUUCAAUCUUCAUCGCUGUUUCUCUCUAUAUCUCUCUGCAUUUAUUAUCUAGGUCAAUGGUUUACAUCACUUCGUGGGACGAAUUCGUGGAGAGAUCCAUACAAUUGUUUCGAGCGGAUCCCCAAUCUUCGCGGUAUGUUAUGAAAUACAGGCAUUGCGAUGGGAAAUUGGUUCUCAAAGUCACUGAUAAUCGAGAGUGUCUCAAGUUUAAGACAGAUCAGGCACAGGAUGCUAGGAAGAUGGAGAAACUCAAUAACAUCUUCUUUACCUUGAUGACUCGGGGUCCUGAUGUUGAUAUAUCAGAAGUAUCAGGAAAAGAGCAAUCAGAAGUACAGCCAACAAAGAAAGGAAGGGGUCGGAAACAAUAAAAUGGAAGAAUCUUAGGUUUGGGUACAUUGUUGGUGAUUGGAGGUCUUUUUGAAGUAUACAUCCAUUGAACUGCUUGAUUAAUUUGACAAAUGUUUUACACAAGGCCAUGUUUUCUGGACCCUUUUAAAGGGCUUCCUGGACUACGAAGCAGCAUUUUAAUGAGAGGAUUGUCAACCUAAUUAUGUCCAUCA